AAAACUAAGUUGGUUUAAUGGUAAAUAAGAUGUUACAUUAGAAAGUAUAAAUUCGUACGUUCGUCGAUGUAGUCUGUCACGGUAAAAACAUUUAUGGGAGGUUAAAAUCUGAAACAAAAAAUAUUUAAUGGUCUGGAAAAUGGGAGAGAUAAAACUAUUUCUGUCAAAUUGGUACCUUCAAACAAGCAGUUUCUACAUUCCGUAAAGUAACAGCAUGAGUUCCAUGUUGGAAUCUGCGGGUGGUGCUGGGGAGCGCCUCCUCUUGAGAGAAAACCUGAGUGACCUCACUAUUGUCUGUGGAAACUUCCGCUUCCCUGCUCAUUCCCUGUUACUCGCUUCCCAGAGUGCUGUCCUUCGAAGCAUGCUGUCCGACGACUUCUCGGAAAAGAAUUCCCGCCGUAUUGUCCUGAAAGAUGUCAAGCCCGAGACGGUUGAGCUAUUUCUCGAGUAUAUCUACUGCGGACGUGUGGUCUUCGAGACUUGGAGAGAUGCAUACGAACUAUUGAAGGUGGCCCACCAGUAUCAAGUGGAUCCACUGGUCCAGCGUUGUGGCCGUUUCCUGGAGGGGGUCCUGAGCAUUGCCAAUGUCUGCCAUCUGUACCAGGCAGCAUUCGUUUACUCGCUAUGGGGGCUGAAAGAGCACUGCUUGCGACUCAUUGUGGAUGCUGGAUUCAUUCUACUUGAGAGUGGAGCAUUCAAAGCAUUAGGGAAAGAUGCAGUGCUUGAGGUAGUGAACAGCCCGUCCCUCAACGUGCAGAAUGAGCUGACUGUGUUCCGGGCCCUCCUGCGCUGGGCCCCCUCCCACUGCUGCCGCCUGGGCAAGAGGGUCGACGAAGGGGCCAUCCUCGCUGCCCUGGAGCCCUUCCUGGGAUGCGUCUGCUUCGACGACAUGUCCGACGCCGAAAAAGCGGAGCUGCCGGCAGCAGUCCUGUCCCGGGUCCGUCCCAACAACCGGACCCGGGGGAACUUCUGUGUUCCGGAAUCACUGCUCAAGUACUCGUCCCAGCUGCAGUUCCGGACCGAUCCGGACUACGUGGAGUCCGUCGACGUCCACCUGACCUGCAUCCGGUUCUCCCUGGACUUGCCUCUCUAUCUGAUCGGCAUCCGGUUCGCCGUCCUGGUGUCGGAACUGCCCCUCCCGGCCCACAUGACCCUCGCUUCCGAGAUGUCCAGCAGCUUGCAGAGCAUCGGUCUCUCGACCGCGGCCUGGAAGGACGGUCCGAUGGUGAGCGACCGCAAGUGGUACGAGGCGGAACUGCUGCUGAGGCAGCCGUGCCGCCUGGAUCCCGGUACGGUGUACAACCUGUACUGCAUGGACCGGACCCAGGACGCCCAGUGUCCCGAGACGACCCUGGUGGAUAAAGUCCUACUGACGGAGCGGGGGCGUGCCAAUGUGUCCCUCCAUUGUGAGAAUGUCUGGGGCAUCUUGAGGCUAAUUUUUAUCUGAAAUGUUUAUUUCAUAUGAGGAGACGGUACGGACUUGUUUUUGCAGAAAAUAUUUGAAACGCGCGUCUUAUAUAUCUUUGUCUCAAAGCAACAGCAGGACAUCUUAAUGUUAUUCCUGAGAUUAGACGUCUUAUUGUUGCUCUGAGGCAGCAAUAUAUCAAGUGUACUGAAUCCAAUGGUGAGGGACUAAUUGCUUGCAACUUGCCCAUUUUCCAGAUAUAAGUGAUUUAAAUUUAGCAUAUAAUGGUGUAUUUCAAUGGCCUAAUUUUCGAUGUAUCGGAUGGUUUGCGGAAAAUUUUCAUGCACUUUUUAAAUAUUAGAACUAAUUUUAACUUCAUACAUGCCCAUU